CCGGAAAUUGUCCCAUUUGAGUUCACAAUCGAUGCGAAAACGAGGGAGCAAUUUAUCAGAUCAGUCACAAACGACCGGCUAUGAAUUUCGCUAAUCCAGAAUCUGCCAACGCAGAAUCCUCUGCUUCGCAUUCUAAUCUAAAUGAAAUUGCUCUACAUCAGCAACAAGCAGGGGGCAACUCCUGGAGGUCGUACUACGAGGAUCCAAAUUGUGAAGAAAGCUCCCCACUGCGAAUGACGAUAGCUUUUGAGUGCGAUUCGUUGAAGGAGGCCUGGAUAGCUUUCACAGAUGAAUCUCAGGACAAGCAAAGUACAACGUUCACUAAAAAGGCAAACCCGCUAGAAUGGUGGGAUAAUAUAACCAUUGAUGACUUGAGGAACUCCGUUCGCUCAACGGCAGAAAUACUAGACAAGAGCCAUGGAAAGACUCGCUAUUAUUUCGAUAAGUUUUGCAACAGUCUCAAUUCUCAUUCAAUGAUACUCGAAUUCCUUCCAAAUCAGAAUCAGUACUUGAGCAUAUUUUGUGGCGCAGUGAAGACCCUGCUACAGGCUUCAUAUACGUAUCGCAAAACUAUGGAAGGUCUCAGCAAAGCUCUAUCUGAAAUUGGAGACUGCAUUAUGCUGUCCAUCGAGCAUGCUAAACUCGUCAACACUAUCGAGAUGCGAGACGCUGUCGGUCAACUUUACGCCACUGUCUUCCAAUUUUUACGAGAAGCAAUGUUAUGGUAUAGAGCAAAAAGAUUUAGUAGGCUUGUAAAAAGCUUUGAUCAGAAUCUCUACGACAAAUUCUCUGAUAUCCUAGACAAAAUGAAACAGAGAGCCGAUCAGAUUCACAUGAGGGGAAUCAUUGCGCACCACGCAAAGACCACCGACAUUAUAUAUACGACAAAUGUUAUCGAUAGGAAGCUUGACCAUCUAAUCCAAAAGAAUGAAGAGGACAGAAGGAAAUUUAGUGAGCUGCAUAUGUCUCAAGUCACUCACGAUGCUUUCGAUAUACAAUGUUUGAGUACAAGCAUGCAAUGCUACACUGAAAUCAAUGGAAGUUCCAACAUGUAUAUCCAGAAUAUCAAGAGUGAUACUCAGAGUUUACCAAAUCCUCUUGCGUCUAACAAAAGACCUUCGGGAGGUGAAAGUGUCUCGUCUAGCUCAUGCUAUUCCAAGCCUGACCUACAACAAGCUUUUCGAAAGCUAGAAGUUCACGCACCAGAUUGUAUCGCAUCUGCAGAGACUGUCAAUUACGACUCGGCUUACUUCGAUAACAAAGUGGUGUUUGCGAUUCGAGACUGGAAUUCAUCCCCUGCAUCUCAAAUAUUGCACAUCGAAGGCCCCCCCGAAACAAAGAAUACAUCAAUCACCUCCAAGGUAGCUUGUAGUGUAGCAAAAGUUUUGUCUGACCUUAAUCUACCCACAGUAUACCUCUUCUGUGGAUGGGCUUCUAAAUCCGGAGAGAAUUGGAUGAUCAGUACAAUAUACCGGUUGAUCAAGCAUUUGGCCGAGCACCUUGAUGUUGUAGAGGGAGAAUAUCUGGAUUUCGAUUAUGUUAGAAUUCAAGAGCUCGACGGCACCCUGAAGACAUGGGACGAAGCUCUGUCAAUAUUUUCGAGCCUUUUGGACUAUGCGCCUCCAAGUUUAUACGUUAUAAUCGAUGGAAUUGAGCGUCUAGAGAACAUGGAUGGCAAUGAAAAAUACAGAAGUUCUUCGCAAUGGGAAUGGGAAGCAUUUGAAGGUCCUGCUUACUACAACUGGCUCUAUUUCGAGCUUGAAUCAGUUGGAGGAUAA